AUGUCGCACCGACGCAAGAAGUCCCUCCUGAUCGGCAUCAACUAUGUCAACUCGGAGCACGAACUCAAAGGCUGCCACUCGGACGUCGACAACAUGGCCGAGUUUCUGACCUACCGUGGCUACGACAACGGACACCGGAACCGGGCCAUUCUCAGCGACCGGCCAGAAGUGCCCUACGACUCCCCCUACUACCCCACCGGCCACAACCUCCUGGCCGCCAUGGACUGGCUCGUCAGUGAACCCGGAUGCACGCUGUUCAUGCACUACUCAGGCCACGGCGGCCAAAUCGCCGACGUUGACGGCAACCGCGGAAUCGGCGGCAUGGACAACACCAUCGUCCCUGUCGACUUUGAGCAGCGGGGCCAGCUGUCCAGCACGCUGCUGCACGAGCACCUCGUGACCCGCAUGGCAGCCGACUGCACGCUGUUCAUCAUCAUGGACUGCUGUCACUCGGGCUCCGCUGUCGAGCUGCCAUUCGUGUACCGCAGCGACAGCGACGGGCAGAUCAGCUUGCUGGAUAAUGUGCGCGCGGGUGCGCGCCUGCUCGGUGAAGCUACGGAUCUUAUUAAUGGCGGGUUUUCGUAUCGCAAGGUCGGCGAGGCGCAGGAGCUGCUUGCAGGCGCCAGUAGUUUCUUCAAGGGCCUGCGGCACAUGGGCGAGCAGGACGACGAGGAGGGGCUCGGGGCUGGGGAGUUUGCGGGGCAGUACGGCAGCGAGCAGAAGAUGGUCACCAUGUUCAGCGGGUGCAAGGAUGAUCAGACGAGUGCGGAUGCGCGGAUUCGCGGCGAGGCGACGGGCGCCAUGACGUGGGCGUUUUUGGAGACGAUGAAGAGGGACCAGAACCCUACUUAUGCCGCGACUCUGCAGAUGACGAGACAGCUACUCGAUCAGAGUAACUACACCCAAGUUCCCCAGCUGAGCUCCGGGUUGGAUAUUGAUCUCGACAACAUGUCGUUGGUGAUUUAA